AUGUCCACUCUUCACAAUCACCUAGGCAGCUGCACCCUUCAUCCAGAAACCCAUCGAACUGCACAAGAUCAACCUCGUAUCGUUGCGUGGUUAAAAAGUAUCAGUUCAUCUCAAAAUGAGGCCGCGGAACCUGAGCUGGUCUCGGAACCUGAGCUGGUCUCGGAACCUGAGCUGGGUUCGGAGUCAGAGAGGAUGGCAACUCAAUCUGUCACCUCCAAGCGAUCGAACAAAUCCACUAACAACUUGGGCCUGCGCAAUAUCAUCACCUCAAACGGCCUAUACAUCGAUAACUUCGGAAAAGAUAUUCCAGCCGAUGUUCGUGCAGCAAUCAAUAAUGCAGGUAUUUUGCAGCAGUCUGGCGAACGUUUAACCUUAAACGAACAAUCGGUAAUUGAGAAUGCCAUCCGUGACGUCUGGGACCAAAAAGAAUCGUCGAUGCUUUCUACAAUCCUCACCACAUCGAUGUUCAACCUCAUCCCCAUUACCGAUAACAACCUUCGGUAUGGCCAAAAUACGCUUUGGGACCCGCGACCUCUUCCCAGAAUCCCAGGGAAGAUCGCUUUGGUCACGCCAAAAACCGAUUACCACCUUGGUUUCACCACUGGCCAACAAUGCCGAGGACCUGGGGCGGCCUCAACCCGGACUCAAAACGAUCUCCUUAUCUUGGAGAACCCUCUAUAUGAGGGAUAUUUUUCACCAACCCAGGUGAAUAUGUUCCCUUUCUUAUUGAUAGAAGCAAAGUCAGAAGCAUGUGAUGGUUCAUUGUACAAGGCGGAAAGUCAAUUAGCUUCGGCUGGAGCCCACAGAACCAACUCAAUGAAGUAUCUGUAUGGCGUUGCUCACCCCGAGAGCAAGAUGUCGGCCGCACAAUCCAUCGUUUUCUCCUUAUCGCUCAGCCAACGUGAAGCAAUCUCAUAUGUCCAUUUUCUCAACCCUGACGAUGGAAUUUUCUACAUGUCAUUUUUGGACAACUACUAUCUUCCCAAGCCGGAAGACCGUGAGAAGUGCCGCCAAUUCGUGAAUAGCGUUCUUCGGUGGGCGAAAAGCACAUUUUUGGAUGACAUCAAAGGAAACCUCCACGAAAUAUACCAAAAUUUGCCGUAUUCAAACGCGAUAGUCUCAGAUGACAAAGCUUCUUUUAAGAGGCGACGAUCUGAAGAUGAUUCAUCCGAUAACAUCCCGGCUACAAAAGUCCGUGCGACUACGAUCUUUGAGAUUGUGGGCCAAUAG